AUGGCUCCUAGUUCUACACAUGAUGGGUUUUGUGUGCUUAUACUAGUUAGCACUCUGGUUGUUACCUGUGCUGGUAGCUUCUACCAAGACUUUGAUCUAACAUGGGGUGGUAACCGUGCUAAGAUAUUCAACGGCGGCCAGCUUCUAUCUCUUUCCCUUGACAAAGACUCUGGCUCAGGGUUUCAAUCAAACAAAGAUUACCUAUUUGGAAGGAUUGACAUGCAGCUCAAGCUCGUUGCUGGCAACUCUGCUGGCACUGUCACUGCUUACUACGUUGUAUACAUCAACCUUUGUCAAAUUCAACUAUACAUUCACGAGAACGUAGUAUUUCCAUUUUCUGCGGUGCAGUUGUCAUCCCAAGGGCCUACACAUGAUGAGAUUGAUUUUGAGUUUUUGGGAAACCUAAGUGGGGACCCUUAUAUUCUCCACACAAACAUCUUCACACAAGGCAAAGGAAACAGGGAGCAACAGUUCUACCUCUGGUUCGACCCCACCAGAAACUUCCACACUUACUCUAUCAUUUGGAAGCCCCAGCACGUCAUAUUCUUGGUUGAUAACACUCCCAUAAGGGUGUUCAAGAAUGCUGAAUCUGUUGGAGUUCCGUUUCCAAAGAACCAGCCCAUGAGAAUUUAUUCAAGCCUCUGGAAUGCUGAUGACUGGGCCACCAGAGGAGGUUUGGUGAAAACUGAUUGGUCCAAAGCACCAUUUACAGCAUACUACCGCAAUUUCAAAGCCACUGAGUUCUCUUCCAAGUCUUCCAUUUCAAACUCUGGUGCUAAAUGGGAGUUAAAUGAGCUUGAUGCCUAUAGCAGAAGAAGACUAAGAUGGGUUCAGAAGUACUUCAUGAUCUACAACUAUUGCAAUGAUCUCAAGCGAUUCCCACAAGGUCUUCCUGCCGAAUGUAGGCGUUAG